AUGGGGCGGGCUAGUCGGCCCCACUGGCGCUUAACAUGCAGAUGAGGCAGCCCGCCACUAGAGGAUCUUUGAGCAGUUUCUAACUUUCUUCACUGCCCUGUUCAGUUGACGUGAGAACUAAAAUCAAAAGGCAAAAUGAUGUCCUCCGCCGGCGCUAGCCUGCGAGCUUCCGGACUCGGCCGAUGGGGCCACCUGACAGGCUCUCCAAAGCUGUGGUCUGGCGGCCGGGUCUCAUGGGCCCCUGCCCGGAAGACAGCGACCUGGAGCCUGGAGCCCGCCGGCCGCUGCAGCUGGGACGAGCCCGUGCGCAUGGCCGUGCGCGGCCUGGCCCCGCGACAGCCCGUCACGCUGCGCGCGUCCCUGCGCGACGAGAGGGGCGCGCUCUUCCGGGCCCAGGCGCGGUACCAAGCCGACGCCGGCGGCCUUCUGGACCUGGAGCGCGCGCCCGCGCUGGGCGGCAGCUUCGUGGGACUCGAGCCCAUGGGGCUGCUCUGGGCCCUGGAGCCCGAGAAACCCCUGGUGCGGUUGGUGAAGCGGGACGUGCAGACGCCCUUCGCGGUGGAGCUGGAGGUGCUCGACGGCCACGAGCCGGACGCCGGGCGCGUCCUGGGCAGGGCGGUGCACGAGCGCGACUUCCUGCGGCCGGGCGUGCGGCGGGAGCCGGUGCGCGCGGGCCGCGUGCGCGCCACGCUCUUCCUGCCCCCAGAACCGGGGCCCUUUCCUGGGAUUGUGGACAUUUAUGGAGUUGGAAGUGGCCUUCUGGAACAACGAGCUAGUCUGCUGGCUGGCAAGGGUUUUGCUGUGAUGGCUCUGGCUUAUCAUAACUAUGAAGACCUCCCCAAAGGCCUGGAGAUCCUCCACCUGGACUACUUUGAAGAAGCUGUGAACUACCUGCUGGAUCACCCUCAGGUAAAGGGUCCGGGAGUCGGGCUGCUUGGCAGUUCCAAAGGAGGUGAACUCUGCCUGUCUAUGGCCUCAUUCCUGAAAGGUAUCACUGCUUCUGUCAUAAUCAAUGGCUCUGUGGCCAUUGUCGGAGGAGCCUUACACUACAAAGAUGAGACGUUGCCCCCUCUGGGCAUAGACCCAAGUCGAAUAAGGCUGACCAAAGACGGCUUGACAGACAUUUUGCAUGUCCUGAACAGCCCUUUGGAAGGAGCUGACCAGAAGAGUUUCAUUCCCGUGGAAAGGGCUGAGAGUGCCUUCCUGUUCCUUGUAGGUCAGGAUGACCGCAACUGGAAGAGUGAAUUCUUUGCUAAUGAGGCCUCUAAGUGCUUACAGGCCCAUGGUAGGGAGAAGCCCCAGAUCAUCUGUUAUCCUGGGACAGGGCACUACAUUGAGCCUCCUUACUUCCCCAUGUGCAGAGCUUCCCUACACAUCUUCGUGGGUGGUCCUGUCAUCUGGGGAGGGGAGCCCAGGGCUCAUGCCAUGGCCCAGGUGGACGCUUGGAAGCAGCUCCAGACUUUCUUCCACAAACACUUGGUGGAGAAAAGUUAGGGGAACUCUCCUGAAAAUAUAACCCACUAUUUGAAGUUUAGGAGGGUGAGACUAAUAUAUGCUAAGCAGCAACAGUUAAAGACAGUUCACCCGCUGUAUUAUUAUAACACUUUUAGGUUUUUAUUCCUUUCUCUUUAAAUGACAUCACCAUUAAAAAUAGUCUCCAUAUGGGACACCUGGGUGGCUCAGUCAGUUAAGUGUCUGCCUUUGGCUCAGGUCAUGAUCCCAGGGUCCUGGGAUCGAGUCCUGCAUGGGGCUCCUUGCUCAGCAGGGAGCCUGCUUCUCCCUCUCCCUCUGCUGCUCCCCCUGCUUGUGCUCUCUUUCACAAAUAAAGAAAUAAAAAAAAAAAAUCUUAAAAAAAUAGUCUCCAUACAAAUUAUGUCAGGAAUGACAAGAGAGCCGUAAGUAUAAGCAACUUUUGUUAAAGAUUAAAUAGUGGAACAUUACAAGUGAA